AUGAAACCUAUCCACACUGACUCCGCGUACGCCGAAUCCUCCCCGUCCUCCCCAGCAACAACAAUGUCCCAAGACUACCCCGCAGUCGACAACAACUCCCUUGACGAUAUCUUCGGCUCCUCCCCACCCCACGAAGAUAUCCUCAACGCACCCCUCCCAUCAACAACCAACCCAAUGAACCCAGCCGAACCCUCCGACCUCCCCAGUCUCCGCCGACAACACGUCACAGCAGGCUACCGCGACGGCACGUCCGCCUCAAAGGGCGCGCACGUGCAAGAAGGCUUCGACGGAGGAUUCCCCGUCGGCGCGCAGCUUGGUAUGCGUGCCGGAACUGUACUGGGUAUCAUGGAGGGAUUGCUACGCGGGUUUGAGGAGCGGAGUGGACCGGGUGUCGUGAAGAAGCCUGUUGUGCGGGCGGGUCUUUCUGCUGCUACAUCUACAAGGACGGAUGGCAGUGGCAAUACUGAGGUUGCGGAAUUGCGUCGGCAGAAGAGGGAGCAGCUCCGGACACUGUAUGAGACUGCAGUUCAGGAAUUGGAUGUACAGGCUGUUUUUGCUAGUGCUGAUGGCGGCGCGGCGGAGGUUGCGCCGAGGGCUGAGGAUGGAGAAGAGGAACGGGCGGAGAUACAGCUUGGGCGGAAAGGGGAUAUUGUUGUUGGACGGUGGGAGGGGAGAGUUGAUGUUCCAAAGUGGGAGGAGAAUAUGGAGGCCUUGGAGAUGAAGGAGAAGGAGGAGGGAAUGGAGGGGAUGGAGAGCAAGGGCGAAGGCCAGAGCCAGGCUAUCGAGCACAGUUGA